CCGGCUCGGAGAGUCAUGGCGACCACAGCGUCUAACCACUACAGCUUGCUCACCUCCAGUUCGCCCAUGGUGCACGCCGAGCCGCCGGGGAGCAUGCAGCCGGGCGCCGGCUACAGGGACGCCCAGGCGCUGGUGCAGGCGGACUACGCGCUGCAGAGCAACGGGCACCCGCUCAGCCACGCUCAUCAGUGGAUCACGGCGCUGUCCCACGGCGGCGGCGGCGGAGGCGGCGGCGGCGGCGGCGGCGGCGGCAGCGGCGGCGGGGACUCGCCGUGGUCUACCAGCCCGCUGGGCCAGCAGGACAUCAAGCCCUCGGUGGUGCAGACCGGCGGCCGGGGGGACGAGCUGCAGCAGCAGCAGCAUCACCAGCAGCAACAGCAGCAAGGCAGACCGCCGCACCUGGUACACCACGCCGGGAGCCACCACGCCGCCGUGGCCGCGGCCGUGGCUUGGAGGACUGGCGGUGCGGCUCACCUGCCGCCCGGCAUGGCCGCGUCCAACGGUGGUGGCCAGGGCGGGCUCCUGUACACGCAGCCGCCGGGCUUCACGGUCAACGGGAUGCUGGGCUCCGGGCAGCCGGGCAUGCACCACCACGGCCUACGGGACGCCCACGAGGAGCCGCAGCAGCAGCAGCCGCCCCCUCACCACCCCGACCAUCUUCCACAGCAGCAGCAGCAGCAGCAGCACCCGCUCGGGCAGCAGCCGCAGCAGCAUCACCACCCGCACCACCACCACGAGGCGCACUCGGACGAGGACACGCCGACCUCGGACGACCUGGAGCAGUUCGCUAAGCAGUUCAAGCAGCGGCGGAUCAAACUGGGAUUUACCCAAGCGGACGUGGGCUUGGCCUUGGGCACGCUCUACGGCAACGUCUUCUCGCAGACCACCAUCUGCAGGUUCGAGGCCCUGCAGCUGAGCUUCAAGAACAUGUGCAAGUUGAAGCCUUUGUUGAACAAGUGGCUGGAGGAGGCGGACUCGUCGUCGGGCAGCCCCACCAGCAUAGACAAGAUCGCGGCGCAGGGGCGCAAGCGGAAAAAACGCACCUCCAUCGAGGUGAGCGUCAAGGGCGCCCUCGAGAGCCAUUUCCUCAAGUGCCCCAAGCCCUCCGCCCAGGAGAUCACCUCGCUGGCGGACAGCCUCCAGCUGGAGAAAGAGGUGGUCCGCGUGUGGUUUUGUAACAGGAGACAGAAAGAGAAACGCAUGACUCCCCCGGGAGGGACUCUGCCGGGAGCCGAGGACGUGUAUGGGGCCAGCAGGGACACGCCGCCGCCGCACCACGGGGUACAGACUCCUGUGCAGUGAACUCCGCCAUCAGCGGAGGAGGAAGAGUAGGGGGGGACUGGGGGGCCCGACUCGGGCCCCUUCCCUCCAACCCCUUACUCCUCCAACUCUUUUGAUCGUUUCCCCCACCUCCCCUUUUUUAAAAAAGCAGAGCAACAAAACAAAAACAAAACAAAAGGAAGGA